CCUCUACCAGCCCUCAAGCCACAACUAAUCCUCAAAAUGACUAAAGGUACCCCCUCCUUCGGUAAAAGGCACUCCAAGUCCCACACCCUCUGCCGCCGAUGUGGUGACAGGUCUUUCCACAAGCAGAAGCUCACUUGUGCCCAGUGUGGUUACCCCGCUGCCAAGUUGAGAUCCUUCAACUGGGGCCAGAAGGCUAAGAGGAGAAAGACUACCGGUACCGGCCGUAUGUCUCACCUCAAGGACGUCAACCGACGAUUCAAGAACGGCUUCCGAGAGGGUGGUGCCGCCACCAAGAAGGCUUCUGCCUAAAUUUUCUCUGGCUAGAGGACAUUUAGAAGUUGGAGUCGUUUGGUGAUGUAUUCAUUAACCCCGUCCACCUGCACAGCUUCGGCUUGCGUCGAUAUUGGAAGACGCAGUGUGAGAACAGUGGAAGGAACAAACGAUACCGCGAGAGCAACACGCCAAAACUGACUUCUGUGUCUCACCCUUGCACAGCACGCAAUUCAAUCAUGCCCAGCCUGUAUCGAUCAACAGUUGGUUGUCCCUUUUACUCGCCAUCAACAACGCAACAGAUCCCAAUCACGGCAGAACCUCGCACAUCCGGCUAGCGAUGGGCUGCAGAGGAUAUCAUGUCGUUCGACGGGGCUGGGGUCAUGUGGAUACAAGUGCAAGAAGCUAUCCUCUGGGGGGAAUGUGGAAGGAUUCGUUUCGUGCAGUAUUCGAGUAGUCUACUUGAGCAGUCAAUAUUCUACUUCUCAAUAAUAUUAGUAAAAUCUAAUGAAUCAACAGAAUCAUGA